AUGGACCGCCUCAAGCUGGCUGCUCUGCUAAAGCAGAGUCAACUUCCCGACACUGAACAGGUCAAGUCAGCCACGGCCGACCUUCAGAAAAACUUCUACCCUCACCCUCAAUCCCUUCUCCUCCUUCUAGAGACCGUAUGCGUCGACGAUGAUGCGGCCGUCAGACAGCUCGCCGCUGUGCAGGCAAGCCGCCUGGUCAACAAGCACUGGCCCAAGGUCGAUGCUGGUGCCAAGGGCAGUGUGCGCGAGCACCUGGUUCAGGCCGUCAUGAAGGAGCAAAACGCCAAGUGCCGACACUCUGAAUCUCGCCUGAUUGCCAACAUUGCCAGCCUAGACUUUGCCAAGGGAGAAUGGAAGGAGCUGUUUGACGGUAUCUUCCAGCUUUCUGAGAGCGACAACGUUGCUCAGCGCGAGGUUGGCACGUACCUCCUCUACAGUGCAGUGGAGUCGGACCCCCGCCACUUCAACGAACAUCUGCCGCAAUUAUUCAAAACCCUCGAGAAGUGCAUUCAAGAUGGGCAGAGCCUUGAAGUUCGAGUCAACUCUCUCAUGGCCAUAGGCAGUGCCCUCAUGCUUAUCGAUACCGAGGAUGAGGAGGAUGCAGACAAGGUCAAGAUGGUGCAGUCGCUUGUGCCCGCCAUGGCCGGAGUGCUCCGUAGUGCAGUCGAGGCCGGUGAUGACGAGAAGAUCAAGCAGUCUUUCGAAGUCCUCCAGUCUUUCCUUGCCUACGACUCAUCCUUGUUGGGCAACUACCUUAAGGACUUGUUGGAGUUCACCGCAACCAUUGCUGCAAACAAGGAGGCGAGCGAAGAUGCCCGAACGCAGUCUUUGGCGUUUCUGGCCCAGGCGGUUCGUUACCGCCGCAUGAAACUGAUGGGGAUGGGCGACUUGGUCAAGGGACUCGUUGAGCAGGCCUUGCAAAUCCUGACCGAGUUGGACGAUGACGACGACGACGACACCACGCCAGCGCGGUUGUCUCUCACCCUGAUUGCCCAGCUUUCCAGCGACCUUCCUCCUCGUUUGGUGAUGCUUCCCAUCCUCGAACAGUUCGCCAAGCUCUCAUCCUCUCCUGACCCUGCGCAGCGCAAGGCCGGUGUGAUUGCGCUGGGCAUCAGCUGCGAGGGUGCACCCGACUUUGUCAACAGCCACUUCAAGCAAAUUCUGCCCAUUGUCAUCAACUUGCUCAACGACUCCGACAUCGAGGUCCGCCACGCUGCAUUGGUUGGCCUCACUCGUUUGGCCGAAGAGAUGUCUGAGGACGUCGCUGCCGAGCACGUGCCCCUGAUUCAGGCGCUCCUCAAGAACCUUGAAGCCGCUGAAACUUCGAGCACGGACGAGGCUAUGAAGAAGAAGAACACCAACAUCAUUCGCUCCGUCUGUGGAGCCUUUGACGCCAUGUGUGAUGGCAUCAAGCCCGAGGUUAUGAAGAAGUUCGGUCCUGAGCUGCUUGAGCCUAUCGGCAAAUUGCUUUCCCACGAUGACGCUCGUGUCAAGGUCGCCGCUGCUGGUGCUGUCGGAGCCAUCGCCACCGCCAUGGAGGAGGACUUUGUGCCAUUCUUCCAGAAGACUAUGACUGCUCUGGGUCCGUACAUGAGUGCGAAGGAGACCGAGGAAGAUCUCACCUUGAGGGGCGGCAUCAGCGAUGCCAUCGGUCGCAUCGCUGCUGCUGUCGGCCCCGAAGCCUUGAAGCCUUAUGUCCAAGACCUCAUGCACUCUACGGAAGAGAGCCUUCACCUCGACAGCUACGAGCUUCGUGAAAGCACUUUCAUUCUGUGGUCGCAGCUUGCCAAGGUCUAUGAGCUCGACUUUGCCCCCUUCCUUGAUGGUGUCUUCAAGGCACUUUUCGAUGCUCUUGAGCUUGAGGAGGAAGAGGUCGUUCUUGACCUUACCGAGGAAGAUCAGGCCAUUGUCGGAGAUUCUAAGGAACUCAUCACCGCUGGCAAGAGGAUCAAGAUCAAGUCCCCCGAGGAGGAGGAUGGUCUUAUGGAAGACUCAGACGAUGAGGAUUUGUUUGAGGAUUUCCUUGAUUCGGCUGCUGCUAUGGAGAAGGAGGUUGCCAUUGAGGUUCUGGGCGAUAUCAUCUCCCACAGCUGCGGUAUAGCCGAGGUCUCCAAGCAUCUUGAGAAGGCCCUUGAGCUCAUCUCUCCUCUCGUCAGCCACGGAUACGAGGGCUGCCGCAAGGCUAGCGUCUCAACUCUAUGGCGGGCAUAUGGCCGUGUCUGGCACCUGACAGAGGAAGAGACGGGCGUCAAAUGGGAGCCUGGCUUCCCUCCCAAGCAGACUCCUAGCGUGACCCUCCAAAAGCUCGGUGAGAUUGUUGCAACGUCAACACUGAGCCUGUGGGGCGAGGAAAGCGACAGGCAAUUAUUUGCUGACAUGCCUUCCACGUUUAGGGAUGUUGUCACUGAGAUCAACCGCAUGGUUGCGUUGGUUCUCAAGAGCUGCGGUCCUGCCAUUCUUGUCGGCCAAGAGACUCUGUCUCAGGUAAUCACUGCAUUGACAUCAAUCAUAACCCGCUCGCACCCUUGCCAGAUGGAUCUUGGGGAUGAGGACGAGGAUAACAACGUCGAGGAGAGCUCGGAGUAUGACUGGCUUGUCAUUGAUACUGCGCUCGACGUUGUCAUCAGCCUCGCCCUGUCCCUUGGUCCUGCCUUCCAGGAAUUAUGGAAGAUUUUUGAGAAGCCUAUCGUGAAGUUUGCUAGCUCCAACGACUCCACUGAACGGUCUACUGCCGUUGGUGUCAUUGCUGAGUGCAUCCGCCACAUGGGGUCGACUGUUACGCCGCACACCGAGCGCCUUCUCAAGGUGCUGGUGCAUCGCUUGAGCGAUGAGGACCCCGAGACCAAGAGCAACGCAGCCUACGGCGCUGGUCAAUUGGUGCUACAGUCCAAUGCCUCCGACAAAUACCUCCCGAGCCUACAGGAGAUCCUCAGCAAAGUUGAGCCGAUGCUUUACGCUCAGUCGCAGGAGAACAGGCUACUUGACAACGCGUGCGGCUGCCUAUCCCGCCUCAUGAUGAAGCACCCCGAUCGCGUUCCGAUUGGUGACUUCCUACCUAGCAUGGUUUCGAAGCUGCCUCUGACGGACGACAAGGAUGGGUUCGAGGAGAACACACCCAUUUACGAGUGCAUUUACACGCUCUACGAUCACAGCGAGCCCACGAUCAUGGGCUUGACGCCACAGCUCAUUGCCGUGUUCGAAAAGGUUUUGAGCCCGCCGAAUGAGCAGCUCACUGCCGAGACUCGGGUUCUUGUACAGAAGAUUGUGCAGCAACUGUACCAAGGCAAGCCGGAACUUUUCCAGUCCCACCAAGCUGUUUUGGCUCUUGCCCAUGCCGGUUAA